GAUUGGUCAUAUGUCGUCAGUAGCUACUUGGCUGUAAUGUAAUAAUAGCAAAUAGAGUAACGUUACUAACGUUACUAGCAUAAUGGGAUUUUUUGUAAGCUAAUUAGUAUCAGCAUACAGCCUGCAGUGCACCUUUUUUGUGUUUGUAUACCUCCGUAUUUAACCUCUCAGCUCUAACAGCAGUAGCCUACCGUUUUUUUAUACAAACAUUUGAAGAUGAUGCGAUUGCUGUUCCUCUGUCUGCUGCUGAUGCUGCCAGCUGCUACUGCUGUUUCAAAAGAUAUUGAAGGGUCAGCUGAUGAAGAUCUGGACGAUGAGGAUUUUGAGCAAACAGAGAUUCCAAAACUUGGCGCAGCUGCAGAUAAAAAUACUGGUCUAAAAGAAGAGCAAACCAUCACAACCAUUGUCAUAAUUGUAGCUGUGGUUGCAUUGGCUCUGUCAGUUGCUGUGAUAGUCGCCAUAGUCUUAGUAAGACGCCACAAGUACAAUCGGCAGCAAGGGAUCUACUCUGUGCCUACAGAGCAGGACCAGAAAGGGGCCGUCUAGUUCCUGGUGGAGUAGCAGUCCAAUACACACACCGACAAGAGAGGAGCAAUGCACCAGGCAAUGUCAUCUCCUACUCUUUGACUCAGGACGGUUAGACUUCUUUGCACAGCAGCCUGCUUCUCCCCAUUCAGUUCAUUACUCUGUGUGUGUGUGUGUGUGUGUGUGUGUGUGUGUGUGUGUGUGUGUGUGUGUGUGUGUGUGUGUGUGUGUGUGUGUGUGUGUGUGUGUGUGUGUGUGUGUGUGUGUGUGUGUGUGUGUGUGUGUGUGUGUGUGUGUGUGUGUGUGUGUGUGUGUGUGUUCUUUGUCCCUGUCGUCUAUACUCACAUACACGCAAUUUAGCCAGAGACAUUUGGAACACAUUCAAACCUUCUAAUUAGAUUCUAUUUGAGGAAUCCAAAUCAAAGCCCGUGACUAUGGCUUAAAGGUUCUUUUGUUAAAAGAGAUAAUUUAGCACAGCCAGUGCUCCCCCUUUUUUAUACUACCUGAAACAAGAAAUUAUUCCCGCCAGCUAUGCAGUGAAGCUGUAUUUUCGUUUGAUUCGUUCGAUUUGGUGUAUGUGGAACCGACCUGUCUGUGUAAAAUGAAUGAGACAAACCAUGCUAUUCCACACUAAGCCAGCGCAGUGCUCACUUCAUUCUCCUAUUCACUUGUCUGACACCGUGUUCCUGGCCCAUUAGGAAUGACAGAAGGCAGUGCAAUAGGAAGAUAAAAACCUGUCCCCUGUCUUCUCAACCUCCAGUAUAAAAAAAGAGGACAACAAGUGGAAAUAGCCAAACAUCUUAGCUUGAAUAUCUUCUUGCAAGGCAGCAAAUUAACCACGUCAUGAAUGAUGACUUCGUUUCCCCUCUCUGUUACUGCAAAUACUGUAUAUUGGCUCUCUGAACGCUGUAGAGUUUUAGAUUAAUGCCGUGUGUGUGUGUGUGUGUGUGUGAAUAGUGUUGGGGAUGAUUAAGAAAAAAACCAGUAACGCCUUUGUUUCAUACAUACAGAGAAUUAUGGCUUCUCUGUUUUCAUUUAAAUGGAAAUCAAUCAUGACUUAUGAAAAAAAAUAUUUGUAUUAUAUUGUUUCAAUAGAGAGAAGGGAACUUUCUGUGGCAAAGGUUAAAGGGGAAUAGAACAUGCUCCUGUUUAAUAUGACCUUAUUUUAUUUGUGGCUUCAGGAGGACACUUAUAAGGGAGUAAGCGUAACUGGGAAUGGCUACAUGACUUUGCUCUUCCACUAAAUCUUGCCGCUAAUCUCGCCACUGGGGACAGGGCCUGGCUCCAGUCCAGCCAGACCUGAGAGGAAAAACAAUUUUGCAGUCAUGUCCUUAUCAGGGUGUAGAGUGGGUAUAGGGUAUGUGCUGAAGCAUCAGCUUAAAAAUGAUGCAUCCCAGUUUAAUUUAACACAAACAAAUUGGCAGAUGUGAUUGUGUGCAUUUGUUUUACCGUUCAUAUUUGAGCACUAUGUGUACAGUAUGUGUUAUUUUUCCAAUAGCGUAGCAUUGCCCAAAAUACCUUCAAUAUCUGUCAACAUUUCAAAGGGAGGACAAUUGGACAAAAAUUCUAGUACAAAACAUUUCAGUUUUUUAUGUCUUUGUAGUCUCAAAUGCAAUAUUUGGUCCAGCCUGCUCCUUGCAUGUGACCAAACUCUACUCACUGAUUCCCUCCUGUAAAGCCUCUCUGCUGUAACAUUUACUAAUGUAAAUAUAAAAGUUGAGCUUUUGUUUCUUUUUCAAUGGAAUGUAUGUGGAAAUAUGUUACGCUUUUUUUCCUUAUUUUAAACUUGGCAAUUAUUUUUCUGUGCAGGCUAGAGAACAGUGUCCCUGAGAGCUCAAUGUACUGAAACGCACUCAAGAGACUUAAACGCAAGCAAAUGAAUAAAACAUCUUCAUCAAUAUGACAACACAAGAGCUGCAUUUAAAAAAAAAAAAAAAAAACUGCAAAUACACACAACCAAACUAAAUACAGAAAUGUGCUGCAAAUACAUGCAAGUUCUGUACGACUUGCAGCAUUCCUGUAUUUAUGUAGUUUUUGCAGCAUUUUUCUGUAUUUGGUUGUUCUGCAACAACUUCUUUUUCUGAAUGCAUGUGCAAGAUGUUUUCUACAUUUGCAUGUAUUUUGUCUAGUUGCAUGUUUUCUAAAAUUGCAGUGUGUAGAGCUUUCAGCGCCACCGUACAAAAGGCGUUGUCCAACCUUACAAUUGUUCUAGCUUUUAAUAUAUAAUAUAUUGUAUGUAUUUACAGAUAUACGGACCUAUAUAUAUGCUUUAAAUCUCUUGAUGGAAAUGGCUAAAUGGUCUUUGUGUUAAGGGGUGAUGUCUUCUCUCCACUGUUCAUGUAUAAAUAGUAUGAAAAAAACAUUGUUGUGGCAGGUGGGAGUCAAUUAUUUGCCAAAAACUCUUUUAUGUAAAAUAUUUGUAUUUUAGUGUCAUAUUGCAGCAAAAAAAAUUAUAAAUUUGGACUUAAAGUAUCCAAAUGAACCCAUACUGUAUGUAGGCUUAUUGUUUGUGCCAAGGGCAUUCACAUAGAUUUUUCAUCAUAUCAGUAUGUAACACAUAACAAUUUAUCUCACAAGAAAACAAUUGCAGUCAUAUCAUGAUUCUGUUUGCACAUCUGCUCUGUCCAUGAUUUUGUUCUGAUAGCAAUUGGAACAGUGAAUACUACUGUAUGUUAUGUAGGUAUGCUGAACUUUGUUGAUUUUGACGUUAAAUCUGUUAUAAAAUUUGCUUGGCUUCUCCCA